GAACAAGAAACACAUAUAGUCAAUAUGGUGAUCGCAAAUAAUUCCAUAAGGCUACGAGAAAUUCAGCAGUGCAUAAUUGAGGAUGACACCACCUUCCAAAACAUACACAAUGUGAGCAUUUCUGUAUUAGGUCGUGUACUUGCCCACAACAGAAUCCGAAUGAAACAAAUCUACAGAGUACCUUUUGAAAGAAACAGUGAACGUGUAAAACAGCUGCGAUAUGACUAUGUGCGGAGAGUGAUGGAGCUAGAGGCAGAUGUCGUGGGUCAUGAGCAGUUUUUUGUGGAUGAGGCUGGUUUUAACCUCACUAAGACAAGGAGACGUGGCAGGAACAUUAUUGGACACCGUGCCAUAAUCAAUGUCCCAGGACAACGUGGUGGUAACAUAACUAUGUGUGCAGCUAUAAGUCAAAAUGCUGUUGUUCACCAUCAUGCAACCCUGGGCCCAUAUAACACUGCACGCAUUAUUACAUUCCUGGACACCUUACAUGACAUGCUCACUAAUGUUCAGAGACCAGAGCAGACCAGACACGUCAUCAUAUGGGACAAUGUUAGUUUCCAUAGGGCUGCUUUGGUCCGCAACUGGUUUACAGAUCACCCACUCUUCACUGUACUCAACCUCCCCCCAUACUCUCCAUUCUUGAAUCCAACUGAAGAGUUCUUCUCUGCCUGGCGCUGGAAGGUCUAUGACCGUCAUCCCCAUCAACGCAUAGCCCUUUACCAGGCAAUGGAGGAGGCAUGUGGGGAUAUUGACCAGGCAUCAUGUCAGGCCUGGAUACGCCAUUCCAGAAGAUAUUUUCCCCGGUGCCUUGGACUAGAGGACAUUGCAUGUGAUGUAGACAAAAUUUUGUGGCCAGACCCAGAGAGACAACACGAUGUAGACUGA